AUGGGGAAUUGGUGUCGGCUGAUGAUUUUCAUGAAACGAACUCAACAGCAAAUCGAAAAGGCACAUCUGUUGCAGCAAGGAGAACUUGAGUCGGCUCAAGCCCGAGCCAGAGAUCUGGAAGUAACAGUUGAAGAUUUUCAACUCAAAGCUCUCCAGCCUGUGACAAGCUUCGACGUCACCGAAGAAUACAUAUCCCAUGAGUACUCCCUUCUCUACGAUGGUUUGUUCAGUUGGGCAAUUGAUUUACCCGAUCCCUUCGAUCACCCAUCGUACAAAGAAUCAAUUCAAGCUUUCUUGAGGGCCUACGGAUCCGCCAACAACGAUCUGGAUUUGUCCAAUGAUGAAUAUGAAGCUUUAUGGAUCGAACCAGAGCUAGUAGCAGCCGGUUUGUUUUGA